UAAUAAAUGCUGCCCAAACAAGCUAAUUUUCACAAUGUUUAAAAAAGCGUUUUUGUGUUUUUAUUACAAAGCGGAAGAACGUAACUGCCUACCAAUUGAAGAAAGGAAGGAAUGUGAUGUCAGCUCCUGGUUAAAGUCCAUAAAAGUGAAGGAGAACUACAUUGAGAAAAUGAAAGAGGAGGAAGUUGAUGGGCAGGUUCUCCUGGAACUAACACAAAGCUAUCUGACUGAAGAAAUUGGAAUGAAAUCAGGGAAGGCUCACAUGAUCAUCCAAAAAAGAAAUAAGCUAAUAGAGUCUUUACGAGUGCCGGAACCCCAAAAAGCCCUGAAAAAGAAACAAGGUAGAGAUCAGAAGGAGCAGCAAACGGUAGACAAACAGGACACUGAUGCUGGAGCAACCCAAGUCCCUACCGGUGCAGAGUCACAAAGUCAGGAACAGUCAGUGAGUGUGCUAUCCACAAAGAGGGACUGUAAACCACGACCCAUAGGCGAGAAGGGUUCCGAAUUUACAUACUUGCAACACAGUGUACUGCAGCCUGAAUCUGGUGUUUCUGACCUUAUCACACCUUGUCGUGAAUACAAAUCACUUGCCACAGCAGCUACAUUAUCCCGUGAAAGGCUGCAGGCCAAGUUUGCUAGAGAGGUUUUUAAAUUUGGCUCUGCGUGCAUGAAUAUGCGAUCAAAUGGUACCAUACAUUUUGGGGUGAUGGACAGUAAAGGUAACAGUGGCCAUGUGCAUGGUGAGGUGAUAGGUGUUCCUGUGAAGGAGAAAGACAUGUACAUUGAUGCAUUUGAUCACAUAGAAAGAAGUUUUUCAAAGCUGAUUAGUGAACAUGUGCGAAUGUGCAUCCGCGAACCAGAGUUCAUAAAGGUUGCAAACUGCACAGAACAUUAUGUCAUAGAAGUUGACAUCGUGCCUGAAGUAAGCGUUGUGAGAAACAAAGUUUACCCUGUCCGUCUACCAAAUUUUACGGAAACAUCUAAAAAGGUUGAGUUUGAAAAGGAAACAAUCUAUCAGAGAAAAGGGGCUAAUACAGAACCAGUUAGUGAGCAGAAUAUGUUCUACCAGCGUGUGAAAGACAGAGAUGCAAUGAGAGAAAAGGCUGAACAGUCUUAUCUAUUCGGCACACCUGAUGUCUUGCAAGACCUUGGAAGGAAAUUGAAGAUGUUAGUGACUGGUGGAAAAAAAGUCAUAGACAAAGACCAGUGGUACAUUCUUGUUACAAACAAAUUUGAAAGGGAGCAUUUGAGUUGCAUUGACUUCUUGGUGAAUAUGAAGAUAUUCUGUGUCUUUGACUUUGACCCUGAUUCUAAACUGUCUGGAUUCUGCAAUAAAUACCUUGAUCAUCAUGCUGCAAACCUGCAUUUCCUGCAGAGUUACAAAAUUCCUAGUGAGAUGACCAUCAGUGCAUUUGAAAACCAUUUGCACUUGUUUGAACAGACCAGCUGGAUUUUUUGCAACGGACGAAAUGACUACCGGGGAAAUGAAACUCCCUGUGAUGAAAUGACCUGGAUCCAAAUGAAAAAGGCUCUUCUGAAGGAGGCAGUGUCAGUGAUCUGUAAACAAAUUCUUCCCCUGGGAACCUUUUUGGUGAUUUUUCUUCUCACUUCACCAGUGGAACUCCCAAUGGUUCACACUUUCUAUGAGUUCUAUGCGGAGAUGCAAGGCCAUGGAGACAUCAUUUGCAUUUCAGAAUCUGAAGAGAAUCACAGCAGAUGGACAGGCUAUGCGCAGGUGUCUUGCAGUCAAGAGACUAUAAACAAUAAGAGUGUUGUAGGGAUGAAAAUGAGCCACGUGAAUGCCACAAUACAAAGCAUUCAGCCUCGCAUUGUGAAUUCCAGGCAUUUACCUACCCACGGUAAUGCAUUGUGUCGGCUUGAAACUGCUGAAGAAGAAAGGAUGUCUUCCUUAAAGAUCUUGGGUGUGGAUCAGUGUGAGAACUCCUCAAGUGUCUUCAAGGAUGCUGAAGAGAGAGAAAAUGUUGAAAAGCAGUUUUACAGUGGAGGUAAAGUGCGCUGGAUUAAUUUUGGGCUUGCUGAAAAGAAAAUUGUUGGGGAAUUUAUCCAAAGGGACACAUAUAAAGAUGUUUCAAAAGUUCUGAGUGAUGCUUCCAGAUGGAGUAGGGACCAAAUACCUGUCAACAACAUCAAUAUAUACCACGAACCAGGAAGUGGUGGGAGCACAGUUGCACGACAGGUACUGUGGAACAACAGAAAAGAUCUAAGAUGCGCGGUUGUAAAGUCAUCAUUCCCAGUGACCGUUGUUGCAGAGCAUGCUGUAAAACUGCGUGAACAUGAGGAAAAAGACCCACAGCAAUGUCUUCCUGUACUCCUCCUGGUGGAAGACUAUGAGAAGGACUAUCAAGACAGCCUGAGGAAUGAAUUGGAAGUUGCCAUGAAAGCCAAGAAAAUCAGUCAAGGAACACUGUGUUUUGUACUUCUGAGCUGCCGACAGUCAUGUGACCCAGAAAAAAUGUGCAAGGAGUCACCUUUACAGAACUUUGCUGUGACUCACAAAUUAUCCCCUGAUGAGAAAAUACAAUUUGCAUGGAAAAUGAUUGAACUUGAAGAACAGCAUCCACCAGACCACCUCUUGAUAUUUGUGUUGAUGAGUAAAGAAUUUGAGCGGACGUACAUUACCAAAUUUGUCACUGAUUUGCUGAAAGGCAUUGACCACUCUUCUGUCGUUACUCGCCUUAUUCUCUUUGUGGCUUUACUCAACACACACGUUCAAAACUCCUAUCUCUCUCAGUCUCAUUGUGAGGCUCUCUUGUAUCUAAAGAAAACACCUGAAGCUGAGAGAAAAUGCAGUGAUAGAUUCAGAAGACACUUGUUUGAGUCAUCAUUAAGUGAACAAGCCAAACUUCUUUUCAUACGCUUGAGAAAUGAGAAGACACGCAUCAGUUUUAUACGGAUGAUUAAUCCAUUAGUCGCUGAAGAAGUUCUCCACCAGCUGUUAGGGAGUGAUGAGCAGCAGAGCAGUGUAGCCAUAGACCUCCUCCAAGAAGAUGUGCUUUUUGAAAACAGUUUUGGAAAAGAAGAUUAUCACAGAUUUUUGCGGGAUCUUUGCAUGAGGCGCAGCAAGAUUAGUAGAGGUGAUCAGUAUGACAGUUCCUUUUCCCCUCUCAUCGAACACAUUCUGAAGACUGAAACCACAGAGAAGGCGGUUGAAGUUCUGGAGGAAGCCUACUCGCGUUUUGGUGAUGAUGCCUUUUUUGCUCAGCAACUUGCACGACUGCAUUACACAAAAGAAAAGUUCGAAAAAGCCAAGUACUGGGCAGAGGUAGCAGAAAAAAAGAAGCCCAACAAUUCUUUUAUCUUAGACACAAAAGGCCAGGUGUACAAGAGGUGGUUCAAUUCCAAAUGCAAAUUGCUUGAAAGCGAGAAUGUUACCGCUGAAAACACUGUGGAUGCAAUUGCAACGGGACUGGAAGCAAUGCAGUGCUUCAGGGCAGCUCAGGCAGCAGCCAACUCGGAACAAGAAACCAUGAACAAUUCAGGCUAUUUUUCAGAAGUUGACCUAGCAUUUGAUUUUUUGAAGCUAAUUUUCCACGUGUUUCCAAAAGGAGAGAAAGGCCGUUCUGAGUGUCUGCAGUACCUGCUCACAGAGCACGUUCCAGAGGCAGUGAAAUAUCCCUGGAUAAAUUUCCACAGACAACUGAGAAGCAUUCACAGAAGCAUGUGGGAAGCCAUUGAAAGGAUAUCGGAAGACCUGACUCAUUUCCAGACUGAGAUCACUUCAGACCAUGAAUCACUCAGUUCUGAAAUGAAGAUAAACAAUCCAAUAAAGUGGCUAGCAAAAAGAUCAUCCUGUUAUGGUAAACUUUUUGGAGAGGUACCAUUGCUUAAACUUAACGAAGGUCUCUUGAUGCGCUUGAACAUUUGUGUCCUUGGUGGUGGUAACAUGACCACAAUCUUUUCCCUCUUGUCUGAAAAGAAACGUACUGAGUUAGAACAGAUCAUUGCUGUUUAUUCUGGGAAUAAGCGUAACUUAGAUCAAACAGAAAUCGUCACAUACAUAGCCUCCCAGAUUGCCUUAGGUUGUCUUUCUGCAACUUCUUCCAAGCUUGCAACACUUCAAGAUCUUCAGGAUCUUAGCCAGCAGUUCCGAAAAGAGAGAGGUACAUUUUUGCCUAAUGCUCUUUUUUUGCAAACGCUGCUGUUCUGGCCUGAAGAUGAUGACAACCAGCAAGACAGAGAUGCCAAAUAUGAAAUCGUCAUGGCAGCUGUUGAUGGUCUCAAAAAAAGCUACUGCAACAAAAUGAAAGCUGUACCUCAAAAAGAAAAGAGAAUUUUUACUCACUUCUUUCUGGGCAAAGGAAAAGGACUGAGUAAGAUUGUUCACAAGAGCAAUAUGGAAAUGCUCAACAAACUUCUCUCAAUGUCAGAGAGGAGAAUGAAAUGGCUCAGUGGAGAUGUGUGGAAAAUGCCAGAGCUUGAAUCAAUGCUGAAACGUGUUCAAGGUUGGACAAAAGAUGGCAGAGUCUACAUUGAGGGCUCUCAAAAGAAGCCGUUCAUGAUACAUGCUCUGAAUUCAGAUUCAAUCCCUUAUGAGAAUGAGGAUGUUGAGUUUUACCUGGGUUUUACUUUCCAAGGACCAGUUGCUAAUGGCAUUACAAUCAGCAGGAGCAACAAGGUGCCUGAGAAACAAUAAAGACCAGUGAACUGGGCCCUGAAUGUGCCUUAAGAUGUCCAGUUCUUUGGGUAAAAUUCAUUAAGCCCAUGCAAGAGUGAACCCUAGUCAGUCUUAACACCUGCAGCCUGCCAACACUAGUAGUAUGCUCGCUGCCCAAUAUUACCAUACUGCUCGCCUGCAUUUCACGAGAGCGCAUGCUAGUCUGCAAAUGGAACAGUGUCGCUGGCCUAUAACUUUUAAGGUGUAUUCUAGUUUGGAUGAAAAAACUGGGGUUAUAAACAGGAUCUAAAGGAAUAUUUUAAUAUUUCUGCUGUAGAGCAAAGUCACGGUCUUUGGAAAGUGUAAUAUUUAGGACUCACUCUUCAAGUUUUGUCAAUUCCUUCCUUCACUCUUGAUUUUGUGUGAAUUUCUUUGUUAAAUUUUUUAAAGUUGUUUUAUUGAUUUGUGAUUUUCUGACUAUUUUCAUUUUACUGUGCGAUAAUUGUUAACCUUGUAGAAAUGAAAUGGUUACAGCCAUAGAUUUUGUUGUGUUUUCCAAAUCACUUGCACAUGCUUAAAGAUGCAGUAUGUAAGUUUGGAGAAAUGAGCAAGAGAGAGCUAGAUUUUGGGAAAAAAAAAACAUUCCACCCCUCCCCUCAGCUCUCCUUCCGAAGCCUUCCUAACCCUAACCCUAACCCUCCCUCUUAACACAUGCACGCCUGCUGCCUGGCAUCAGAGUACUAGAGACAGAGGACAUAAUAUGUGAGCCUUUCCAUUAUCAGUCAGAAGUCGCUAUGGUCAAUUUAAUAUAAAUUGUGUGUAAGUCAAAAAUGUUUGGCUGUUUUUGGGUUUCAUCUUAUUUUAGCAGGACAAUAUUUUGGCUUUUAAAUCACCGGAGUUUUGCAUCAUUUGGGAGCUAGCUUACUUUAGCCGGCUUAUUGUCACCAGUCACAGAAUCUGCUCCACUGCUUUCGCUGUUACAAGCUAAUGGGAGUCAUCUAAUUGUUCUUGAAAAAUGUCUUGGCUUUCAGGAUCAGUGUGUCUUCGUGUCAAAUUCAGUGUAAAAUAUAGUUCUAAAGGUUUUAAACAUAAGAUGACAAGCUAGCACAGUAGUUCCAUUAGACUGCAGAGACCAUAGCUGCUGCCGUUUGUCCCAUGAUCUUGGGACGAUGAUCUUGGCUUUCGUGAACUGUAUGUCUCCGUGUCAAAUUCAGUGUAAAAUAUAGUUUUGAAGCUUUUAAAACAUAAGAUGACAUGGUAGUACCGGAGCUUUGCGUCGUUUGGAGUUCUGGCUUCAGCACUAGCUCUCUCUGCAGUAAAGUUACCUCUGCUCUGCUCUUAUUUGUGUAGCCCCGCCAUCCCUGUCUGCUGUGGCAGCAAAUGUGAACACACGACAGGUCUGACCGGCAGGCAGGGCAGAGAACUGCCCGAUUGUUUGUUAGGAUACAGGCACGGUGAAAUUUUGAGUGGCUCAUUUCAGAGCAGGCAGAGAGACCUGUUUUUUUUUCAUAGACCUUUUAGUUCGUUGAUAUCUUUUGGGAUGUGUAGGAAAUUUAACAAAAUAUUAACAGAAGUGUUCGAAAACAAACUUACGUACUGCACUUUUAACUGACUUUAUUUUAUUUUAAUAUAAUUGUAACCGUGUGUCUGCGAAUAUUAUAACUACACAUUUACGUUAUUUUCGGAAAUGAGCAAACUUUCAAACGUUUCACAAACUUAGCAUUUUUAUGAAACUAAGUGAGUUGCAUUGCAUUUUGUGUCUGAUUUUCUGUAUUGUAUAUAACAAUUCUAAUUAUACUUCUUUGAGUUGUACUGAAGCCAGUUUGGACAGUUACCUUGUUUUCCCAUAGUUUUGUGACUCAGUUAUAUUUGAUCACAGACCUUUUUAAUUGCUUGAUGAAGAUUCCGUUUAUAAUCAUGAAUCAACUUCGAACAAUGCAAGGAGUGGCAGAGGUGGACAUUCCUGAACAAAAUCAUAUCAGCAGAAAUAUUUUCUGGAAAAACUGAUAAAAUAAGUUAGAUUUACUGUUUUGACAUGAACAUUUGGUGUGCAAAACAUUGCAAGAAUGUUUCUGUGUGUUAUUAUCCCUGUGGUUGCUUGUUUGUAUUUUAUUGUAUUGUACCACUUAAAGCAGUCCCAUAAUAGUCUCUGUGAACCAUGUUAUUGAGCAUCAGGUUAUACUGGUUCGAUGGUGGUGUCAUAAUAAUCCUUAAUAUCACAUAUUCUCUCUCACACACACACAAACACACAUGCACACACACACACACACACACAGCUGACCUGGUGAAAAAGUCUCAGCAAAAAAACAAUAAUUUUUCUGUAUACUUUCAUCCACCUCCAAUGGAAAAAAAAACAUGGCUACAUUUACCUAAAAUGUAUUUGUAUUUUUUGCAAUAAAUGAUUCCUUUGCAUCCUA